AUGUCGGGACUUCAAUACUUGAAAGGUGUGCGAACAAGAUUUUACAACAAACUGUUGGAAGAGAUACAAAACGUAAAAGAAAUUUUGAAUACUGAUUUGAGUGAUUUGUUUGAUGUUGAUGAAUAUAAACAACUACGUCAGCGUGUGCUGGAAGCUAAGCUUAGUAUCAACUUAUAUAACGACAAGCUUAUGAUGCAGUCCGAGAAAUUAUCUCAAGCAAUCGAUGACAAAGACAGUGAAUUUAUAGACAUAAUAAUAAAAAAUGACUCCGAUAUAAUAGAAGAGGCUAGCACUUUAUAUCAUAAGCUACAGAUUUUUGAGGACACUUUGCAAGAAAGUAAGGAAACAGAACAUAACAAGAAAGAAGAAAAGGAGCGUGCUUUAUCUUUAGCUGUAGUUACGGAAGAAAUGAAGAAAAUGUUUGAAGCUCAAAUGGAAUUACAGAGAGAUUUAGUUGAAAGCAAACGAGUAAAGAAAGACACGCAUUGGAGCAAAGAUUCUACUAUAUAUGAUUUGGAUGCGACAAAUGGUUCGAGAAGGUUUAACAGACCUGAAAAGCAAGGAGUUUCUUCAUCGAGUGUUUUAGUCACUAGUGAAAAGUCAAAGAAUUCAAACAUAUUGAAAUGUAGAUACUGUGACCAGAAACACUGGAGCGAUGAAUGUCCAAAUUACACGACUAUAACCGAAAGAAAAAGACGAAUUAAAGGGAGCUGCUAUAGAUGUCUCAAAGAAGGACACAUCUCAAGUCAGUGUAAAUCGUCGAAAGGCUGCGUAUAUUGUGGUGAAUUUAACACCCACCAUAGGAGCUUAUGUGGAAGGAAAUUCAAAAGGGAGACACCUAAAGAGAGUGUUUAUCUUUCAAAAGAAGUAAAGAGCCUUGAAAGCAAUGAAGCUGAAAAUAUGUCUGGUGAAAUAGGACUCCUGUCUUGUGAUGAAUCAGUUGUGAUGCAAACUGCGAAAUGUAGUAUUGAGAAUCCUGAAAGUGGAGCAUCUGAUGAAGUCAGAUUAAUUCUAGAUUCAGGCUCCCAAAGGACUUACAUAACUGAAGAUUUGGCGCAUCGACUUAGACUUAAGGUUGAUAAGGAGCAACAUAUUCAGUUAGUGACAUUUGGUAGUAAAAAGGAAAAGGUUAUUAAAACUAAAAGUACUAAGCUAAAAGUAAAAUUAAAUAAUGGCACUUAUAUGACUUUAGUGGCAAAUAUUGUACCAACAUUGACUGGAACAAUAACGCGUAAACAAGUAAAGCUCAAUUCACCAAGAAGGUUUAAAGAAAUUACACAAAACUUGAUGCUGGCGGAUACAAUUCCAAACAAGAAUGAAGCUGUUACGUUAGAACUUUUAAUAGGAAACGAUUAUUAUUUGGAUAUAACUCAACCGGAAAAAAUCGAAAUACAACCAGGAUUUUACUUGUUAUCAUCAAAGCUUGGAUGGAUAUUGUCUGGUAGAAUGAAAUCAAAUGAUGAAGCUGUUAAAACACCUGAAGCGAGUAUGUUGAUCCUUACAUAUGGCGAAAAUGCCACUGAAACAAACUUGCUCACAUGUGUUGAUAGAGUUCUUCCCACAAAACCAAACUUGGAAGACUUUUGGAGUAUUGAGAGUAUAGGUAUCACAGAUAGAAUCGAUCAAUCUGAAGAUGAAACCGCAAUGGAACGUUUUAGGGAGACACUUCAGUUUAAUAAUGGUAGAUACCAAGUAACAUGGCCUUGGCGAGAAGAGUUCCCAGAUUUACCAGAAAAUCGUGGUUUGGCAAAAGGUAGGUUAAGAUCCCUUGUUAGUAGACUAGAGAAACAACCAGAGAUAAUGAAACGAUAUGAUGACAUCAUUAAAGAUCAGCUUGAAAAGGGGAUAAUAGAAAAGACGGAAACGGAUGUUAGUGAUGGAUUAAAACACUAUAUUCCUCACCACGUAGUGAUUACUCCAGAGAAAAGCACUACAAAAAUGAGAAUUGUAUACGACGCAUCUGCAAAAACACGAAAAGACUAUAAAAGUCUCAACGAAUGCUUAUAUAGAGGCCCUGUGCUGUUACAUAACCUGUGCGGCAUAAUCAUGAGAUUCAGAUUACACAAUAUUGGCAUUGUAGCGGAUAUAGAAAAGGCAUUUCUCCAAGUGGAGUUACAGAAACCUGAAAGGGAUGUUACCUGCUUUUUAUGGUUAAAGGAUUGUGAAAAGCCUAUGGUUACUGAAAAUUGCAUACAAGAAUAUAGGUUUUGUCGGGUUCCCUUUGGAAUUAUUUCCAGUCCAUUUUUACUUGGAGCUACUAUUGAAAGUCAUUUGGACAAAUACAAUUCAAAAUUGGCAAAUCAGUUAAAAGAAGAUAUUUACAUGGACAAUGUGAUAACAGGAGUACAAACGAAAGUUGAAGCAGUUGAAUUGUAUAAAAGAGCGAAAUCAAUUUUCGGUGAAAUGAAUAUGAACCUACGCGAGUGGAUGACUAACAAUAAGGAGCUUCGCAUGACAAUUCAUGAAGAAGAUAGAUCAAAUGGUAAUACUGUUAAAGUGUUGGGCCAUUGGUGGAAUGUAAAGGAUGAUACUCUAUCAUUAAAAGGGGCAAAGUCAAUUAAGGAAGAGGUCAAAAUUACAAAAAGAAACGUUUUGAAACAGAUUGCAUCAGUGUAUGAUCCGUUAGGAAUGUGUUCUCCAGUAACAUUGCUUGGUAAAUUAUUGCUCCAACGAGUUUGGUGCAAAGGUUAUGAGUGGGAUGAUUUGUUAGAUAAAGAAGAUUCAGAUGACUGGCUUGAAAUCAGACGUGACUUAGAGCAAAUUGAAAAUGUAAGAAUACAAAGGAAUCUAACCAUAGCAGAUGACAUAGAAGGUGUAAAAUAUUCACUAGUUUGCUUCAGUGAUGCCUCAAGUAAAGCAUAUUCAGCACUUAUUUAUCUGAUACAACUUAAAGACAAAAUGUUUAAGUGUGACUUGAUGUUUUCUAAAUGUAGACUUGCACCAGUUAAAGUAAUGACCAUUCCUAGACUUGAAUUAAUGGCAGUACUUAUAGGAGUCAGAUGCUUAAAGUUUGUAGAAAAACAAAUACAGCUGCCAUUGGAACAUCUUAUUUUGUUAACUGAUUCUCAGUGUGUUCUCCAAUGGUUGUCGUCAGAAAAGUCACUCCCUGUAUUCAUAAAGAAUCGUGUCAAAGAAAUAAACAGCUAUAGUGAUAUUACAUGUAGCUUUGUGAAAUCUGCAGACAAUAUAGCGGAUGUAGCAAGUCGCGGGAGUACCUUGGUGGAUUUAUGUAAAAAUCAAAUAUAUUGGCAUGGCUCCAAGAUGCUACAAAAGAUUGUGACAGGCUUACAAGGAAAGACACUAUGUUAUAUUUCUGAAGAAGAUUAUGAAUUCAAUGAAAGAACAAAUGAGUGUCAAAGGGAAGAUAUUAAAACACUAUUCGAUGUAAAAAUUAGUGAUGAGCCGAAAGAAGACGCAAAAUUAUCUGAAUCUGAUUAUUUAACGGAAGGUUGUCUAUUAACUGAAAACAACAAAGAAGAAAAAACGCCGUUUGGAAUAGAUGUUAACAAGUUUUCAUCUAUAUCAAAAUUACUAAGAGUUACAGCAUGGUGCAAUCGAUUUAUUCGAAAUGCGAGAAGUCGCUCAAAUAGAAGUCAUACUCUUUCCAUUGAUGAAAUCAACGAAGCGGAACAGUUAUGGUUAAAACAGAUUCAAAGAAACCAUUUUGCUGAUGUUUUUCAAUCUAUACAAGAUGAAAGACCCAAUAAUUUGGUAAAACAGUUGGAUUUGUUUGUUGAUGAAUCAGAAAUGAUAAGAUGUGGCGGACGACUACAACACGCUAAUCUUUGCGAAGCCGCUAGAAGACCAAUAUUACUUCCAAGAAAAGACAAGUUCACAAUUCUUUUGAUUGAAAGGAUGCAUAAUAAAAUAUUACACAGCGGUGUGUCGCAGACUCUAAGUGAGACAAGACAAAGAUUUUGGAUUCCAAGAGGAAGAGCAACGAUUCGUUCGGUGUUAAAAUCGUGCCGAGUCUGUAGACGAGUUGAAGGUGGUCCUUAUAAAUUGCCAUCUAUGGCUCCCUUGCCGAGAGAACGUGUCACAGAAACUACUCCAUUUUCUUCUGUAGGCUUAGAUUAUCUCGGACCGCUUUAUAUAAAGGAAAAUAAUGAAAUUAAAAAGGUUUGGAUUUGCAUUUUCACUUGUCUAGUUAUUCGUGCUAUACAUUUGGAAAUUGUACAAGAUAUGACAGCUUAUUCCUUUCUUUUGUGUCUAAGAAGAUUCGUAGCAGUAAGAGGAACACCAAAGGAAAUAAUCAGCGACAAUGCCAAACAAUUCAAAUUGUCUAAUCAAACUAUUAGAUUGAUAUGGGCGAAAACAUUGCAAGAAGCAGAUGUACAAAAUUACGCAUCCACUGAGGGUAUUAAAUGGACCUUCAUAGUAGAACUGGCGCCCUGGAUGGGAGGUGUAUAUGAAAGAUUAGUUGGAAUUGUAAAGCGUGCAUUGAGGAAAGCUCUAGGAAAGAAAUUGUUAUUGAUGGAUCAAAUAAGCACUGUCGUUAAAGAGAUAGAAGCUGUAGUCAACAGGAGACCUCUAGUGUAUGUUGGCGAAGACAUAAAGUCAUCAAUAACUUUAACACCAGGUCAUUUUCUCUGCUUAAAUCCGAAAACUGGAAUACCAAUUCUUGAUUAUGAUUACAGCGAUCCAGAAUUUAAACCAUAUGAAAGUUCUGCCGAGAGGUUAUUACAACUAUGGAAAAAAGGAGAACGACUCCUGAAUAAAUUUUGGAUCUUAUGGCGAGAUGAAUAUUUGCUUAGUUUACGAGAGAGAUCACAGAACAAAAUUAAAUCUGUAAAAGUGCAAUCAUCCGAAUCACCUAACUUAGGAGAUAUAGUUAUUAUAAAAGAUGAUCUUCCACGAGGUCAGUGGAAACUAGCAAAAAUAAUAAAUUUACGCACAAGUAGGGAUGGACAAGUUCGGUCUGCUGAAUUAGAAACCUCAAUUGGACAAAUUUUGAGACGGCCUCUUAAUUUGCUUUACCCUAUUGAAAUGUCAGAGUCAAAAAUUAGGGAUCCAGAUAUUAAAAGAAAUUCACACCAACAAGAGACAGGAGCAAAGGAUUGUCAAUUCAAAACAUUAAGGCCUAUGCGUAAAGCUGCAGAGAAAGCUAGACAAAUGUUCCAAAAUAUGUGA